AUGGUUUUAUUAAGUAUCUGCGUUACAGGCGCAAUUCGUACUUUAAAAGAUGGGCCGAUGAUGGGGCCAGAUGGCAGACAGUACAAAACUGCAUUUCUACCUAGAGACAAUCUUAAAGACGAGCCGCAGAGCAGAGUUGUACCUGUCCAGGUGCGGUGCACUGCGCAGAGCAUGAUUGUGUUCAUCCGUGCCGACCUUUACUCGAACGGCCGUCAAGUCACUGCCAAAGAGCUGCACCUCGGCCGGUCAACAGAGAACUGCGAAGCGACACCUUACAGUGACACUGAAUAUGUGAUUGAAGCGGAUUUGCACAUGUGUGGCUCUGAGAUAUCGAUUGAGGGAGAUCAUUUAGUUUAUUCAAACCUGUUGAUCUACACCCCUGUGAAGAACAGUGUUGGUAUUGUGAGGACCAUCGGUGUUGCUGUUCCUGUUGAAUGUCACUACAAAAGGACUCACUUUGUCAGCAGCACUGAUGUGAAGCCAACUUGGGAGCCAUUAACAUCUACAAAAGCAGCUAUGGAAUUUAUCAGUUUUUCCUUUAAAUUGAUGAAUGAUGAUUGGAGGACUAAAAGGUCUUCCUAUGUGUACCACUUGGGUGAUGUGAUGAAUAUCCAAGCUUCUUUCCUGAAAGAGAAGAAUGCUUCCUUCAGAUUAAUAAUGGACAGUUGUGUGGCCACUCUGCAGCCUGACGUCGCAUCAGUGCCUCGCUACGUGUUCGUUCAGAACCAUGGGUGUCUUAUUGACUCUAAAACGCCAGGCUCCAGUGCCCGUUUCAUGCCUCGAAAACUAAACCACGUGCUUCAGAUGCAGAUGGAUGCUUUCCGUUUCUUCGACGACCACAGAAACUCUAUCUAUAUUACAUGCCAUCUGAAGAUUCAUGAAGUGAAUAUCAUGAACAAGGCCUGUACUUAUUCUGGACAAAGGUGGCUGAGUGUGGACGAUGGUACGGAUGAUGUUUGCGAAUGCUGCGAGUCUACUUGUGAUGACAAUGGACAGAAACAAAUGAGCAAAUGGAGUAGACUACCAAAGAGGUCCAUCAAUGGAGAUUCAACACUGUCCAAUAUAAUGAUGAUUGGUCCCAUAUCAGUUCUUCGCUAA